AUGAAGGUCCUUGCCAUUGUUGUCGCCGUCCUGGCGUCCCUCGUCUUCCUGAUCGAGAAGAACCUCGACUCCUUCUACAUCUUCGACACCGUCCACCUGCACGACCUGGCCCAGCGCGCCGUGGCUGCCCACGGCAACGACACGGGCGCCAUUGUCAACUUCAUCACCAGCGAGCUCAAGGGCCAUGCGAAGCUGUCCUCGUACGUCAGCGACAAUGGCGAGUGGAUCCUCAACAACGCCGGCGGUGCCAUGGGCGGCAUGACCAUCCUGCACGCCAGCAUCACCGAGUACCUGAUUGUCUUUGGCACCACCGUGGGCACCGAGGGCCACACCGGCCGCCACACCGCCGACGACUACUUCCACAUCCUGACCGGCGAACAGUGGGCCUACGUGCCCGGCCUGUUCCAGCGCGAAGUCUACGGUCCCGGCGAGGUCCACCACCUGCGUCGUGGCGACGUCAAGCAGUACAAGAUGCCCGAAAACUGCUUCGCCCUCGAAUACGCCCGUGGCUGGAUCCCUCCCAUGAUGUUCUUUGGCUUUGCCGACGGCUUCUUCAGCACCCUCGACCUGCCGACCCUGUGGCGCACGACGUACGUCACGGCCGUCCAAAUGAUUGGCAACCUCCUGGUUGGCAAGAUCUAA